AGAGGUAAAACCUAGAUCUGUGGUAACUAGAAAUAAAAAUGCACAUCGAGCAGACGAAAUGCAUUCUAAAUCAAUGCAUUUUUGACUGAAGAGAUAUUGUCACGGGGAAUUGUCGACGUCCUGAGACUCAUUUAUGACGAGAGAGUGUAGACAUUUUGCCAGGUUGGUUCUUCUCCUCUCCGUGAGUGAAUAAUCCACCGUUGCCAGAACCUCGUCAAAGACGCACACCUCACUCCCCUAGGUUGACCCCUGACCUUCCGUUGACCUCCUGGUGUCAUCAUGGACCAGCCGAUGGAUCACUUGGUCGAGGUGGACAGCAACACCGACAAAUACAACAAUCUAGCUAACUUUGUGAUAGAGAAGAAGAUCGGCAAGGGGCAAUUUAGCGAGGUGUACAAGGCGCAAUGCCUGGUCGAUAACAGCAUCGUGGCACUCAAGAAAGUCCAGAUCUUUGAGAUGAUGGACGCCAAAGCCAGACAGGAUUGCAUCAAAGAGAUUGAUCUACUUAAACAAUUAAACCAUCCAAAUGUCAUCAUGUACUUAGCUUCAUUCAUUGAGAACAAUGAGCUUAACAUUGUGCUGGAGCUGGCGGACGCAGGAGACCUCUCCAAAAUGAUCAAGCAUUUCAAGAAGCAGAAGCGUCUUAUACCAGAGAGGACGAUAUGGAAGUACUUUGUUCAGUUAUGCAGUGCUCUGGAGCAUAUGCAUUCACGUAGAGUUAUGCAUAGAGAUAUUAAACCAGCAAAUGUGUUCAUCACCGCCACGGGUGUGGUCAAACUGGGCGACUUGGGCUUGGGGCGCUUCUUCAGUUCCAAGACGACUGCCGCCCACUCCUUAGUAGGGACACCUUACUACAUGUCACCAGAACGCAUUCAUGAAACUGGGUAUAACUUCAAGUCCGAUAUCUGGUCCAUAGGCUGCUUAUUAUAUGAGAUGGCCGCUUUGCAAUCUCCCUUCUAUGGGGACAAGAUGAAUCUCUACUCCUUGUGCAAGAAAAUCGAGCAGUGCGAUUAUCCCCCACUUCCAUCUGAAAUCUACUCCCAGCAGAUGGCAGCCCUAGACUCGCCGUUUUAUAGCGAGGGGUUGGACCUCUAUUCGCUAUGUGAGAAGAUAGACAAAUGUGAAUACCCGUCCUUGCCAGCUUAUUUCUCCGACAGUCUACGUACUCUAGUCCAGUUGUGUAUACAGCCCAAUCCAGACGAGCGGCCGGACAUCGUCUACGUCCACGCCAGGGCCCAAGAAAACCACAGCGUCUCCAUGGGGAGUCGGUAAUAAGUAACACCUUGAAAAGUCGGGGGAUGUCACUCAAGACCAAGAGCAGUCUGUCGACCAGUUUUACCAAGAUGUUUUGUUUUUGUACAAUUGGUUAGCAGUUCAAAUUACAUGAAAGAUGUAUCUUGCAAAUAAAAGUGUCUAGGCGAAGGAAUCUUCAGAUGGGUACACAACAUAUAAAUUUGAACUCUUAAAUUAAAGCAGGGAAGGCCCAUUUUUUAAUGAGCUGUUUCCUGGUCAGUCUUUUUUGUGCUUACUAUUGAAAGAAAAACAUGUGUAAGCAAAAUUGUUAAUGAUCUAGAAGAUAUUUGGCAUUGCAUAUAAUGCAUGUCCACAAUGGAUUUGCACUGUUGCUGUGUAUUCAUCCUCUCACAAGAACUUUUAGCACCGCUAAGCAAAUUUUUUAGCUAAGCAAAAGAAGAUUGGGGCACCAACUGCAACAAUGUCAAAUUUAUGGGAUUGUAGCUGAAAGAACCCAGUUUCUGUUAAGCAAGAUUUGUCUGUGCUUAGUAAACUUUUAUUCUAACCAGAUUAAUGAAACAAGGUCCUGCUUAAAGGCAGUGGAAAUUAUUGGUAAUUACUAUAAAUUUUUUUAGCAUUAAACCCUUCUUGGUGACGAG